AUGACCGUGGUUGUUGGUGAUAAUGAUGCACGAUAUCAAAUUUUUUUACCAAAAAGAUAUAGAGCUGCAUUUCCUGUGCCAAAACCUCCUGGUGCAAACUUCUAUCCUCCAGACAUGGAUAAAAAGGAAUUUGAAUUAUGGAAAAGCAGUCUAACAGAGGACCAACAAAAAGAGGCAACAGGCUUUUUCAAUGUUAUCAAAAGACACAGUGAAUUUAAUCUGGAUUCUUCUAUCUACAAUAACACAAUUGGUUGUUUAAACAAUAAUUCAGUAUCUUCUACUCAUGAUCUGUAUUGUGUUCCUUACUCCCAAGAGUAUAAUCAUUUCCUCACUAAAGCCUCCAACUUACUGCAUAAAGCUGGUGACUUGACCAGCUCACCUAGUUUAAAGAAAUUGCUUCAUAGCAAGGCUGAUGCUUUCCUUUCAAAUUAUUAUUAUGACUCUGAUAUUGCCUGGGUGGAGUUGGAUUCUAAGUUGGAUGUUACUAUUGGUCCAUAUGAGACAUAUGAAGAUGCACUAUUUGGCUAGAAGGCUACAUUUGAAGCAUUUGUUGCAGUUCGGGAUGACAAAACUACAGAUCAAGUAAAACUUUUUGGUGAUAAUUUGCAGGUGUUGGAACAAAAUCUUCCAGUGGACAACGUGUACAAAUCAAAAGAUGUGACUGCUGCUCCUAUUAGAGUCAUCCAACUUCUAUACAAUGCAGAAGACGUAAAGGGUCCUCAAACUGUUGCUUUUAAUCUGCCAAAUGAUGAACGUAUAGUAAAAGAUCGAGGAACUUCAAUGGUUAUGCUUAAGAAUGUCUCAGAGGCUAAAUUCAAGCAUAUUCUUCAGCCUAUAUCUGAUGUUUGCAUUACAAAGGAACAACAAAAACUGGUAGAUUUUGAUUCAUUCUUCACUCACACAAUUUGCCAUGAGUGCUGCCAUGGGAUUGGACCUCAUACCAUAAUUCUUCCUAAUGGUCAAAAGUCUACAGUAAGAUUGGAGCUGCAAGAACUACACUCUGCAUUGGAAGAAGCAAAAGCUGAUAUAGUCGGCCUCUGAGCGUUAAGGUUCUUAGUUAACCAGGAUUUGCUUCCAAAGAGCUUAUUAAAGUCCAUGUAUGUAUCCUUCCGCUCAGUACGUUUUGGUUUGGAGGAAGCUCACGGGAAAGGACAAGCUUUGCAGUUUAAUUGGUUAUAUGAGAAAGGAGCUUUUAUAUUGCAUCCUGAUGAAACAUUCUCUGUUGAUUUUGCCAAGGUUGAAGGUGCAGUUGAAAGCCUAAGUAGGGAGAUUCUGACAAUUCAAGCAAGAGGUGACAAGGAGGCCGCCAGUCUUCUGCUUAAAAAACACUGUAAAAUGUCUGAACCUUUGAAAAUUGCUUUGCAGAAGCUAGAGAAUAUUCAGGUUCCUGUGGAUAUAGUUCCAACUUUCCCUAUUGCAGACAAGAUAUUGCAGCAAGGACAUUGAAAUUUUAUAACUCUCAACCUACCAAUGUAUCCUGAACAAGAUUAUGCUCUACUGCUAACAGAAAAAUCACACUUCCGAAUAAGAGAUACCCAACAAGUUUGAUCAUGCGAUUUAAAGUUUUCUUACUUUUACUUUGUACGUUGACUUAUAUAUAGACAUAUAUAAGAGUGGUGAAUUGUGCUCUUUUCUAUGUGUUCCAAUUGAAAAUACAUAAACAUAAAUUUAAUACUGGGUUUGCUUUUGUCCCACUGGGGGAUAGCGCAGCGGGAAAAUCACUAUUUUUCUAUGCAAGAAGUAGUAGAGUCACCCCAGUAUGAAAGUAUGUGUAUAUAUAUAUAUAUUGUUUAAAGUGUGUGUGUGUGUGUGUGUGUGUGUGUAUAUAUUGUUUAUACAUAUAUAACUAUAGGAAAAAGGGAAAUUACAUACAAUAACAUUAAACUGUAACCCUGUUAACCUUUCUGAAACCCUCCUCCCACACUUUUUAUAAAUGUUUCACAUCCAAUGACAUCAUACCCAAAGUUUUUACACAAAUUAAAAGAAAAAAACAUUAAAAGCUUCUAUCUGACAAAAUAUAAUGUAGCCAAUACCCAAGAAGCUUUAACUCACAAAAAGAGCAGAACAUCGUAAUGAAUAGAAGGAAUGUGUCGAAAGAAACUGUGUUCUACUAUGUGACUAAUUUUGUAUGUCAAUGUCAGAAAGCUAGAAUUCCAUGAACACCAAGAAAAUUUAGAACCUCGGAGAAAACAUAGUGAAAAAAGAAUAUAUUUUGAAGCUCAAAACGAUUGCACGAUGCCCAACUGACAAUAAAUUCAUCAAAUACCUGAUAUAUUAUUAAUAAGCAGUAUGCAAUGAGAAUUUCAUAUUAACACUUAUACAACAAAUAAUUAGAAUUACUAUCAUCAGCUGUAACAAUAACAGAGCAUGCCUAAUACCCACAAUUAAAUUCCACUCACUGACGUUAAUUAUGAUGAAAUGAGCAAAUUGGUAGCAGCAUUUAACGGACCCAGAAUCCUAAUCAACUAACAGUAUGAAAAUAUACAUCACCGAUUGUUGUCAGAUCAGAAACAGGAAAAUAAAUAGGGUUUUUUUGUUCUACAGCUUUUACCUGACUUAUGUAUAAGUCAGAUAAGAACACGAAAGAUUCAAAAAGUCUUUUAGCUAGAUCUUUUUUCUUUCCUUGAAAACUCUUCUAUACCCAGAUCUUUUUCCUCUCUAUUUUUCCAAUUUUAUGGUUACCAAUUUAUUCCAAUAUAAAUCAUAAGCAUAUAGACAAAUUAUCCGUCCCACAUCUCACUCACCCAAAAUCCAAUACAUUUCACAUCCAUUUUUAAAUACCCUUUGAUGCAACUCAAAUCUCAAUCCAAAGCACGUCAUUCUACUAAAACCCAAUUAAACGAACAAAACAAAAUGGAAGAAAGAAAACAA